CAGCAACAGCAACUGAUGGCACCACCGGCGCCGCAGCAACAGCAACUGAUGGCACAGCCCCUGCAACAGCAGCAACAGCAACUGCAACAGCAGCUAGAUGAAAUGAUGCAAACGCCAACCGCUACUCCACCUCGUCCUCCCAUAGCUGCUCCGAGGAUGCAGAGGCAGAUGAGGGGUGAACGCCAUAUGUUCACCACCUCCGACGACAAUGUGAUGAUGAAACAGAUCUUGGCCACCCACGCUCACGACGGCCGGGAAAUCGACGUCAAACCUCUUCUCCAACUCAUCGAAGAAAUCCUCCAACGCUCAUCCACUAAUGCUCUCGAAGGCGCCCUCCAUCAUCCACAAGUAUCUUCGCACAUGGAUAGCUUGGACGAGAGGAUCCAACAGGAAUCUUUCGUCGGCAUGCUUGAAGCAUUGUCUUACACCAUUCAUAAGAUCUCCUGCGAGAUAUCGUGCAAAUGCUCUGGAGGAGGGGAUGCACAUUCGACAACAGUGGCACUAUUCAACACGCUGUCGAGCUUUUCAUGGGAUGCGAAGGUGGUACUUGCUUUGGCCGCCUUUGCGGUAACCUACGGGGAGUUCUGCCUGGUGGCGGAGCUCUAUUCAACUCACCCCUUGGCAAAAUCGAUAGCGCUGUUGAAGCAAUUACCAGACAUAUUUGAGUACUCUGACUCGCUUAGGCCCAAGUUCGAAGCGCUCAAGAGCCUUAUCCAAGCCAUGCUGAACGUGACAAAGUGCGUCGUCAAAUUUAACGAGCUACCACCUGAGUACAUCUCUGCUGACCAACCUCCGAUGUCGGUGGCCUCCACCCACAUUCCCACUGCUGUUUACUGGACUGUCAGGAGCGUUGUCGCCUGCGCUUCGCAGAUCAUUGGUCUCAUUGGCUUGGCUCACGAGUACAUUCCUUCGACCACUGAGGCUUGGGAGCUGUCAAGCUUAGCUCACAAGGUCAAUAACAUUCAUGACCACCUUCUCAAGCAACUCGCUCUCUGCUAUCAGCAUAUUGAUGAGAAGAAACACGCCGAGGCUUACCUAACACUUGUGCGACUCUUUGAAACGAUCCAUAUUGACAACAUGAAGAUCCUUAAAGCAUUGAUUUACGCUAAAGAUGAUCUGCAGCCGCUUUAUGAAGGCUCCACCAAGAAAAGGGUUGGUGUCGAAGUGUUGAGGAGGAAAAAUGUGCUACUACUGAUAUCGGACAUGGAUAUCUCCCAAGAAGAGCUAUCGAUUCUGGAGCAGAUGUACAAAGAAUCCCGGGACCAGCCAUCAAGGCCAGAAUCUCAGUAUGAAGUGGUAUGGUUCCCAAUUGUAGACAGGACUUUGCCAUGGACAGAAGCGAAACAGAAAGAAUUUGAUCGAUUGCAGUCGAGGAUGCCAUGGUACUCUGUACACCACCCUUCCUUGAUCGACCCUGCUGUAAUUAGGUACAUUAAGGAUGUGUGGCACUACAACAAGAAGCCCAUUUUGGUGGUGUUGGAUCCACAGGGCAGGGUCGUCAGCCCUAAUGCCCUUCACAUGAUGUGGAUCUGGGGAAGCCUUGCUUUCCCUUUCACCAGCAUGAGGGAGGAAGCCCUCUGGAAAGAAGAGAGCUGGAGACUAGAACUUUUAGUUGAUGGCAUCGAUCAAAACAUUCUCAAUUGGAUAAUGGAAGAUCGAUUCAUUUGCUUGUAUGGAGGAGAAGACAUGGAUUGGAUAAAGAAAUUUACGACGGCGGCACGAGCGGUGGCGCAGGCAGCCCGUAUCCCUUUCGAGAUGGUGUACGUGGGGAAGAGCAACCCAAGAGAUAAAGUGAGGAGGAACAUACAAGUCAUCACCAAUGAAAAGCUGAGCAGUUGCUGGCCAGACCUCACAUCAAUUUGGUUCUUCUGGAUCCGGUUGGAGAGCAUGUGGUACUCAAAGAUGCAGCACGGGAAGACUAUUGAGAAUGAUCGUAUAAUGCAGGAGAUUGUGACCAUGCUUACCUUUGAUGGUAGCGAGCAAGGAUGGGCGUUGAUCAGUAAGGGUUCUGGAAUAGGUAACAUGGCAAAAGCAAAGGGGGAGAUGAUCUUGACCUGCUUCCAGCUGUAUGAUAAGUGGAAGGAUUUAAUAGACUCAAAGGGUUUUAUGCAGGCAGUGAAUGAUCAGCUGCAAGAGCAGCACACUCCACAUCACUGCAGUCGCCUCAUACUGCCGGGAACCGUCGGCCAGAUUCCAGAAAUGGUGGUCUGUGCUGAGUGUGGCCGCCCUAUGGAGAAGUUUCUUAUGUACCGUUGCUGUACCGAUUAGCUGCGCUCUCCACCGGAGUCAUCGUUGCCUUCCU